GUCCAAAUCCCCCCGAAGAUGAUGUUUCGAAUUCCUGCUCGUCUCAUCAAUUACUACAUAUUCGAAAGAGGUCAUGAAGUGAGGCGAGAAUCACUCACGGCCUUAUGCUUCACACCUCACACUCUAGGGGGUUAAAUCAUGACCCGUCUAAUCAAACAAACAGCGCCGAUCCGGCCACCUGAUAACUUCGUCCCGGGCCGGAAGCGCCAAGCAAACCUCCGAUAUGUCUACACUCUCACUGCCUUCGUAUCUGUCGGGGGCUUCCUCUUUGGCUGGGACCAGGGGGUGAUGGCCAUGAUUAUCGCAGACGAACGUUGGCUAAACCUGAUGCAACCCUCUAAUGAUUGGAGCGUGGGCUUUGUCAUAAGUAUCUACAAUAUCGGCUGUGUUAUUGGCGCGUUGACCACCGGGUUUUUCGCAGAUGCGUGUGGCCGCGAGAGGACGAUAUCCCUAGCAAGCACAGUAUUCAUCAUUGGCGCGUUAAUUCAAGCCGGUUCUUACACCAUUGCGCAGAUUAGCGUCGGCCGCUGGGUGCUCGGACUCGGCGUUGGCGCAUAUUCUGCCGGUGUUCCGCUCUACAUAUCGGAGAUCUCUCCGGCUGAGCUCCGCGGUAGGAUUGUAGGCAUCGAAUUGAUGAUCCUUUGCUUCGGUGAAAUGGUCGUGUUCUGGACCGUCUACGCUUUCUACUUCCUCGACUCCGACGAUUGGUGGCGUCUCCCGCUCGCCAUUCAGGUCGUGCCCGCUCUUAUCCUUGCCGUGGGCUGCUGGACGUGGGUACCUCCUAGUCCUCGCUGGCUUGUUGCCGAAGAAAGAUACGAGUGUGCACUCGAAGUCCUCUCAAGGCUCCAUGGUUCCGAGGUGGCCGAGCUUGAAAUUAGCGAGAUUCGGAAGACUGUCUCUGAAGAGCAAGUCGUUACACAGGCCACUUGGUCAGACAUGUUCAAGCCUCCGGUCUUACGCGUCACUCUGUUGGGUAUUGUAAUCCAGAUGUUCCAGCAAAUAACAGGAACGAAUGGUAUCUUCUACUACGCCCCUUCGCUAUUCAAGAAAGGAGGGAUUACGGAUCCUACCAUGGCUAAUCUAGCCACUGGAGGUAUCGGUGUAGUGCUGUUUCUCAGUUCUUGGAUACCAAUUUUCUACUUUGAUCGCUUUGGACGUAAGACCUGGUUUCAAUUUGGUCUUGUAGGCAUGAUCUUUGCUCUAAUUGGAAUUUGUGUUCUACAACAACACGCAUUGGACUACCCAAGUAGCCCGGUCAAUAAUGCUAUUGUCAUCUUUCCGUAUAUCUUUUAUACGUUCUUCAACAUGAGUUGGAGUUCGGGCUCAUGGACCUAUGCUGCCGAGAUCUUCCCGAUAUCUCUGCGCGCGAAAGGCAAUGCGCUAUGUACCGCCUCCCUCUGGAUGUCGAACUUCGUAGUAGCUCAAGUAUCUCCUCCCAUUGAGAGUGCUACAGGUUAUGGUCUUUAUGUGCUAUUUGCAGUUAUCUGCGUCAUAGCAUUCUUCUUCGUGCGUUAUGUUCUUGUUGAAACGAAGGGUCGGUCACUCGAAGAGAUGGCAGAGCUUUUCGGAGUCGACGGGAACGAGAAAGAUCAAAAUUCACAAGAUUCGGCAAGGGAAGGAUUGCUCCAAUAUAACCCAAGAGAUGAAGAUGCUACAUUAGUCGACGAUGACUCGGAAAAUAUCCCUUAAGUACCUACUUACUAUUGUACAUGACGAUCCGUAGCAAUCUAAAUUUGAGCUGUAUCGUAAGUAUUACACUAUGUAUACGAUAACAUGCCGUCAGGACCCUCAGUGCCACACGGGGGCGACAGAAAGUUGUUGUGGUAGGGUUAUCACUGUAAAUUUUGGGUUGAGCUGCAAAAAGAUUAAUAAUACCUACUAGUCUUAAUGAUUGGUUGAUUUCCCCUAUUUUAGGCAGUCCUUGCGAAUUCGACAAUAGUACCUAGUCAAUGCAAACAAAAACGGGAGCUCAGACGUGCGGUCACUGUGCUUCAGCAGCACUUUCGGCCUUGAUCUUAGCUUCGUAUUCCUGGAAGUUCUUAGUUCCCUUCGGCAUGCCAUUCCACAUCAGACCCU